CGUGAGACAGACAUCAACACAAACACACGUUGAGCAGGCUGCGACGGUGUCGUUUCGGAUGAGCGCCGAAAAACGGUUCGCACACAGUUUGACAGGAUGUAGCAGCGGCGAGCGAAAGAAGAAAGAAGAAGAAAAGCUUGUGAUAGUGUGCGAUGUGACAGCGGGCCGGAGGUGUAGCCUAGAUAGGAGAGUGACCAGAGCAAAGACAGGGACAGAAGCAGAUCGUAGCGCGGUUACCCACGGCAGGUUAUAACGACAGCACCAAGGCUGGCGAUUGUAGCCUGAUUUACCGCUUUAUGCAUUUGCUCCAAUAGGUUUUUUCUUGAUGCAACACUGGAUUUUUACGCACUAACCUAACUCUGACUGACACAGUUCGGAGACUUUUGCAUAUAGGGAAAAACGGAGAGAAAGAGGAUAGAAUGGUGAGCCAAAACGACUGCUCUGUGAAGGUCUCUCUAAGGAUCCGUCCCCAGAUGGUGAAGGAGAAGAUCGAGGGCUGUCACAUGUGUACACUUGUGACCCCCGGGGAACCCCAGGUGUUGCUGGGUAAAGACAAGGCCUUCACGUACGACUUUGUGUUCGACAUCGAUUCGGCACAGAAACAGAUCUAUGCUGCUUGUGUCCACAAACUCAUCGAGGGCUGCUUCGAUGGAUACAAUGCUACUGUGUUCGCCUACGGACAGACGGGCUCAGGGAAGACGUACACCAUGGGAACGGGGUUUGAUGUGAACGUGCAGGAGGAGGAGCAGGGCAUUAUUCCACGGGCUGUUCACCAUCUGUUCCUGGGCAUCCAGGAGAGGAAGACACAGGCCCGGCAGCAGGGCACACACCCUCCUGAGUUUAAAGUUAGUGCACAGUUCCUAGAGCUGUAUAAUGAGGAGAUCCUAGAUCUGUUUGACGGAGCCAGAGACCCAGACUGUAAGAACAGGAAGUCUAAUAUUAAAAUCCACGAGGACGGCAGCGGUUCCAUCUACACCAGCGGAGUCACCUCACGACUCGUCCACUCUGAGGAAGAGCUGUUACAAUGUCUGAAGUUGGGAGCGUUGUCCCGUACCACGGCCAGUACCCAGAUGAAUGCGUCCAGUUCCAGGUCUCACGCCAUCUUCACCAUCAAUCUCUGUCAGAUGAGAGUCUGCCAACAAACUGAGGAGAAUGGAAGUGUGAAUGCAGAGUUGAACGGAGAGGUGAAUGCAGAGUUGAACGGAGCAGUGAACGGAGAGGUGAAUGGAGAGAUGAACGGAGAGGUGAACGGAGAGGUGAACGGUGUAGGAGGAGGAGAUGGAGGGUCUAUAGCCAAGCCUGAAUACGAGACUCUGAUGGCCAAGUUUCACUUUGUGGACUUGGCUGGAUCAGAGAGACUGAAACGCACCGGAGCGACAGGAGAGAGGGCACGAGAAGGCAUAUCCAUCAACUGUGGACUGCUGGCCUUGGGGAAUGUGAUCAGUGCUCUGGGGGACCAGGCUAAGAAAGGAGGACAUGUUCCAUACAGAGACUCUAAACUGACACGUCUUCUACAGGACUCACUGGGAGGAAACAGUCGUACGGUGAUGAUAGCGUGUGUGAGUCCGUCGGACCGGGACUUCAUGGAGACCCUGAACACACUGAAGUAUGCUAAUAGAGCCAGGAACAUCAAGAACAAGGUGAUGGUGAACCAGGACAAGACCAGUCAGCAGAUAUCUGCUCUCAGGGCUGAGAUCGCCAGGCUACAGAUGGAACUGAUGGAGUAUAAAGGGGGUAAGCGUGUGAUGGGUGAGGAUGGCGUGGAGGGCUUCAGUGAUCUGUUCCAGGAAAACUCUAUGUUACAGAGAGAGAACGACACGCAACGCAUGAGAGUCAAAGCUAUGCAGGAGACCAUCGACCACCUCAACACACGCGUCACCACGCUCCUCGCCAACGACGUCACCGCGCUCCUCGCCAAGUCAGGUGAGGGCAACGAGGAGAUUGGUGCUCUGAUCCAGAACUACAUCAGAGAGGUUGAGGAGCUCAGAUCCAAGCUUCUGGAGAGUGAGGCGAUGAACGAGUGUCUUCGUCGCAGUGUGACUCGUCUCUCCUCCCGCUCGCCGUUCCCUUCCUCCUCCCAUGGCUCCACCCUCGGGCCACACCCCUUAGGCUCCUCUCCCCAUUCCCUGUCAAUGGAGGCGGAGAUGACGGACGUGAUUCGCCGAGCCAAAAUGGACAUUGAGAGGCUGAAGAAGAAGGAGAGGAGACAGAGGAGGAUGAGCCCAGAGAAAGAGAAGGGGUUGAAGAAACAAGUGAAGCUUCCCUCUCAUGAGAACGGACAGGACGGACAGGACGGGCAGAAUGGACAGGACGGACAGAACAGACAGAUGGACUCUGAAGAGAACUACACAGAGGACGGGAUGUCCCCUCUGCAGGAGGAGGAGAGUGGGUGUGACGAGGAGGAGGAGGAGGAGGAGGAUGAAGAUGAGUUUGACAGUGAUGAGAGUCUGGUGGACUCAGACUCUGACUCUGAUGAGAAAGCUAACUUCCAGGCGGAUCUGGCAGACCUGACGUGUGAGAUUGAGAUCAAGCAGAAGUUGAUCGAUGAGCUGGAGAACAGUCAGAAGAGACUGCUGCAGCUCAAACUACAGUAUGAAGAGAAACUCAUCCUGCUGCAGAACAAGAUCAGAGACACACAGCUGGAGAGAGACAGAGUACUACACAAUCUCAUGUCCAUGGAGAACUACACGGAGGAGAAGGCUAGCAGGAUCAAGUCAGAUUAUGAGAAGAGGCUAAAGGAGAUGAACAGAGACCUGAUGAAGCUACAGGCGGCUCAGAAGGAACAUGCUAGGCUACUGAAGAACCAGGGACGCUAUGAACGAGAGCUGAAGAAACUACAGCAGGAGGUCAACGAUAUGAAGAAAGUCAAGGUGGCGCUGAUGAAGCAGAUGAAGGAGGAGCAGCUGAGGAGGAGGAUGGUGGAAGCCAAGAGGAACAGAGAGAUCGCUCAGCUCAAGAAGGAGCAGCGACGACAGGAGUACCAGAUUAGGUCGUUGGAGAGUCAGAAGUGUCAGCAGGAGCUUGUGUUACGUAGAAAGAGUCAGGAGGUGACAGCGUUACGACGGCUGGCUAAACCCCUGUCUGGACGCAUGGCUAGACGGUUACAGCCCCUUGACUCUGGAGCAGAACUGUCUCCCAGCACCACCUCCUCUGAACCAGAGUCCAACAGGACCACUCCAACCAAUGUGUCUAACAUAGUGAGACAGUGGAACACCAAGAUGAACGGCAACCUGGGACAGAGCGAAGGGGUGACCACCAACAGGACACGGGUUGUUGGGAGUAGGAAUCGUGCCCAGCAGGGUAAGGGGGUUCUGAGAGGUAGUAGUAGUUUCACCAAGGCAGCCCGUCAGAAGUGGCAAACACUGGAGAGGAGGAUCCUGGACAUCGUCAUGCAGAGGAUGACCAUCACUAACGUAGAGGCCGACAUGGACCGACUCAUCAAGAAGCGUGAGGAGCUGUCCUUGCAGCAGGAGGCACUGUUGCGUAAGAGGGCGGUGCUAAUGGCGGAAGAGGAGGGGCCUGACACAGAGGACCGCCUUGUCCAGGAAAUGAACGAGGACAUUGAGGUUCUGAACGCAAACAUUGACUAUAUCAAUGACAGCCUAUCAGACUGCCAAGCUACCUUCAUACAGAUAGAGGAAACCAAGGAGGAGCUGGACUCAGUGGACACCUCAGUGGUCAUCAGCUCCUGCUCUCUGGCCGAGGCCCGACACCUGCUGGACCACUUCCUCAAGGCCUCCAUUGACAAGGGGUUACAGGUGGCUCAGAAGGAGUCUCAGAUCCGUCUGUUGGAGGGUCAGCUGAGACAGACAGAUGUGAUUGGCUCUGCCCACAAUCACAUCAUCCUGGAUGCGCUGAGAGAGAAGGCUGAGUGUAUCCCAGAGCUGCAGGCACUCAUCCACAACGUACAGCAGGAGAAUGGUUAUGUCAGCACUGAUGAUGAGCCGUCAGAGUUUAGCCAGGCCUCGGAUGGGAGUGUGUGUCAGAUGAAGUCUUCAGCCAGUCAGGAUGACUUCAAGAUGAAGGUCCAGACGGAGCCUCGUCUGUCAGCCCAGAUGAAGGCGGUGUCAGCAGAGUACCUGUGUCCCGUGUUAGACGCCUCUACUAAGAACAUUACUAAGUCCCUGGCCUCCCUGACAGACAUCCAGGAGAACGGGACCAGUAUGAGCGGCCUGAGCUUCACCCUCCCUAUCUUCAGAGACCGGAUGUCCAGGACCAUCAACCUGCCCGUCAGGGGGCACACCUUUCCCAGACAGUCUCGCGGUGGUGACACCUCCCCUCUAACAAGGAGGAAGUCUUAUGACCGAGGCCAGUCUUCCAGAAAUGCUGAUGGAUUCACUCCCCCCUUCCCCCCUCUUAGAACCCGUAAUGGCCGCAAUGUCUUCUCAAGGCUCACCAGCAACCAGAGUCAGAGCUCUGCACUGGACAAGUCGGAUGACAGCGACUCCUCUCACUCUGAGGUCCUCAGGGGUGUGAUCAGUCCCACGGGGGGGGUGAAGGGAGGGAGGACUGCGCCCCUCCAGUGUUCUGCCGUGGCAGAGGGACACUCUAAACCUGUCCUCUGUGUGGACGCUACAGAUGAACUGCUCUUUACGGGAUCUAAGGACCGGACGUGUAAGAUGUGGAACCUGGUGACAGGACAGGAGAUCGUCACGUUGAAAGGCCAUCCAAACAAUGUGGUGUCAGUGAAAUACUGUUCCUCCUCUUGCCUCGUCUUCUCAGUCUCCACCUCAUACAUCAAGGUCUGGGACAUACGAGACUCUGCCAAGUGUGUCCGCACCCUCACGUCUUCAGGCCAGGUGAUAUCGGGGGAUGCGUGUGCUGGCACCACCACCCGUACCAUCACGGUGGCACAGGGGGAAUACCAGAUGAAUCAGAUAGCCCUCAACCCCUCUGGCUCUGUCCUCUAUGCUGCCUCUGGCAACACAGUACGCACCUGGGACCUCAACAGGAUGACGGCGUUAGGGAAGCUGACAGGUCACAUUGGUUCAGUGAUGUGUCUGACUGUAGGUCAGUCUGUACUGGGCAGAGACCAGGUGGUCACCGGCUCCAAGGACCACUACGUCAAGGUGUUUGAUGUGGCAGAGGGCAUGCUGGGGAAUGUAGGCCCAUCCCAUAACUUUGAGCCUCCUCACUACGACGGGAUCGAGUGUCUAGCCAUCCAGGGAGACGUGCUAUUCAGCGCGUCACGAGACAACGGCAUCAAGAAGUGGGACCUGGAGCAACAAGAACUCACACAGCAAAUCCCCAACGCCCAUAAGGACUGGGUGUGUGCGCUGGCGUAUGUUCCAGGUCGGCCCAUGCUGCUGAGUGCGUGUCGGGGGGGCAUGCUGAAGGUGUGGAACGUUGACAACUUCACCCCCAUAGGAGAGGUCAGGGGUCACGAGAGCCCUAUCAACGCCAUCUGCACCAACUCACGACACAUCUUCACCGCUUCCAGUGACUGCAGGGUGAAGUUAUGGAGCUAUGUCCCGGGUUUGACCCCCUGUCUACCUCGACGGGUUCUGGCCAUCAAGGGUCGCGCCACCAGCCUCCCGUGAGCCUUCACUGCAGCUCACAACCCCGCCUCUGCUCUCCUCUGUGAUAUGACGGUGAAGAUCUGGUCAGCGAAGGAGGGGAAGAAGAGGUGACGGUCGAGCGUUAGUGUGACAUCAUCAGCAGCCAUCCUUUACUGAGGGCCUUCACCCCUGAACUCUGACCCUCACACCUCAACCAAUCAGGUGUGACACGGCGGGACGUCAUGGUUACCAAUCAUUACCGGGACGACUAAAGUUUUGAUGGCAUGUGUGGUCGCAAAGUUUACUCUCCUCUGAAAAAAAAACAUAUUAGGAGUGUCUUGAACUGAAAUGCAAAACAGUGAAGUUUGAUCGUUUUUGCCUUUUCUUGUUUCAACUACCAAUCCCUCUCUAAGUGCCAUUGAGAUGUGAUGUGAUUUGGACAAGAUAAAACCUUUCUUGUGCCAGAUAAUGCCUGUCUGUCUGAGGGACGUCCAUAGACAGACACAGAGCUACAGACUGAAUGAACUGCUUCUAUUUAAUACUCCUUCAAUAACAACCAGGACUCCAGGGAGUGAACUGACCCAGGGAGAACACCAUUCCUGAGCUGACUGGAACACUUCCAGAGAGGAGGGCUGUUACUGUUUCAGUCUCUGAUCUGAGUGCAUUUCAUGUGUUUGAUACCAUUCCAUUGAUUCCGUUCCAGCCAUUACUACGAGACGUCUUUCCCAAUUAAGGUUCCACUGGCCACCUGCGGUAUACACUACACAGUAGGUAAACCUCAGAGAGGACUGAGGGAUCUCAGUGUACACUACACAGUAGGUAAACCUCAGAGAGGACUGAGGGAUCUCAGUGUACACUACACAGUAGGUAAACCUCAGAGAGGACUGAGGGAUCUCAGUGUACACUACACAGUAGGUAAACCUCAGAGAGGACUGAGGGAUCUCAGUGUACACUACACAGUAGGUAAACCUCAGAGAGGACUGAGGGAUCUCAGUGUACACUACACAGUAGGUAAACCUCAGAGAGGACUGAGGGAUCUCAGUGUACACUACACAGUAGGUAAACCUCAGAGAGGACUGAGGGAUCUCAGUGUACACUACACAGUAGGUAAACCUCAGAGAGGACUGAGGGAUCUCAGUGUACACUACACAGUAGGUAAACCUCAGAGAGGACUGAGGGAUCUCAGUGUACACUACACAGUAGGUAAACCUCAGAUAGAAGUGAGGUGUACUGUACACAAUAUACAGUAUGUUUGUACAACCACUGGACAGUUUGUUGAGUUCAUCUCAGCCCUGUGUGGGUCCUGUGUCUUCAUCUCUUUGAAUGAGCCCUAAUGACAUCACCACUGACACCAGUCCUGUAGGAAUGCACACACAGAACACACACAGAACACACACAGAACACACACAGAACACACACAGAACACACACAGAAAACACACACACACCGCUGUACUGUCAUCAGACUAGGAGUGCUUACGCUAGCAAGAAUACAUUAAUACACACAUAGUCAGGAUUAUACGCACACACACACACACACACACACACACACACAUUAUCUCCUCCACCCCUACCAAGCAGUCACUCCACAAGGGCCAAAGUUCCAGAUCAUUAUCUCUCUUGUCUUUAUGGAGCCUGAAUCUGUCUCCCUCCCAGGUGCCACCCUAGUCCCUAUAUAGGGAACUACUUUUGACCAGGGCCAACAGGGCUCUAGGGCCAACAGGGCUCUGGUUGAAAGUAGCACACUAUGUUGGAAAUAAGGUGCUAUUUAGGACGCAAACCCUCUCUCUCCUCACUUCAAUAAGCACCAUGCAAAUCACCAUCUCAACCUCUCCCCUCUCCUCUUCCCCAGUGAGUCUGAUAUGCGGUGUGCUUCCUCUUUGAAAGCUCACGCCCCUGUCUCCUCGUUUGAGCCUCAGACAUUUGGUAUGUAGGUCCCUCUCCUCACAAGGGAAAUUAUUGCCUCAAGGACCAUGAUGGAUUUUCCGCCAUUUUGAAUGUUGUGAAUAACAUUUACCGAUCUGCACAAAACUUGAUAUCUUUCAUCUAUGGGUCCAAGGUCUCUCAAUGCACUAUUUCCCAGGCUAAUACGUCAAGCAACGAAUAAACAUGAAUAUGAGCGUGGUCUCACACAUAAAUGACUAUAAAUCAGUCACGGAUAUUCCUAUAAAACUUUGUACACGUGACUGCCGGGCUCGAUUCGAUCGUACGUAGCAACAUUUGAAAUUGUGUUUUUUUACAUUGGAUAAAAGUAGAGACUCAGAGCUAGAAAAUGGUAUAUCACACACUGUAUUUGAGGAGCAAUGGAAAAGUAAUUCUGCUUUGAAAGUUGAUAAACUUGUAACCUCACUUUUGUGAAAAAUGUCCCUUGAAAUGUUUUGGUAUCUAGUGAAGAGCUCUUCUUUGUCUCCACCCACUCAGCAUCGUUCACACCCUCUUAAGCUUUAGCCCCACCCAUCUCAUUAAGGAUUCACAUUUGAGUCAAUGAGUCAGUGUGCUCCCUCUCCGGCCUGUAGGCUAGCAAGCUGCUCGUUAUGGCGCACACCUAUCACCAUCGUUAUGCGCACCUGCGCGUCAUCAGACUCACAUGGACUCCAACACUUCCCUGAUUACCUUCUCUAUGUAUGUCACUGCCUUUGGUUCCUUCCCCAGGCGUCAUUGUUUCUGUUCCAGUGUCAUGUCUGUGUGUUGUUUGUGUUUCUUGUUUUGUAUUUAGUUGCGUUUAUUUAUUAAAACACUCACUCCCUGAACUUGCUUCCCGACUCUCAGCGCACUCGUUACACUAUGUACUAAACAACAUAAGAUUUCAAGACUAAAGGCUGGUUUAUACUACGGGUGUGUUCUUAAAUUUAAUCUGGAGUGCCAGAGUGUGCUCUGGCCGUUCGUAAAUCCAGAGCGUCUCUCUCUGAGCGUUCAGAGCGCACACUGGAAGGUCUGGUGGAGGAGUUGGGUUGAUCUCAAAACGGUGGUCAAACACCCGAGCUAACUGGCUAAAGUCAGCUAUCUACUUCCAGACACAAUGAGAGAACAGCUCACUGAACAUUUUACUCGCCCUAGUAGACCUGGUUAGGAUGUUUCCAUGUUACCCAGAGCGUUGGUGACUGUAACUGUGCUGCUGGCAACAAUUGAAUUACGUUUUUUUGCCAACGUUUACUGACACUGGUCAUAUUCAAUUGGUGUUGAGCGUUCGUAAAUUCAUCAGUUAUUCUGCGCUCUGGUACACUCAGACGAGAAAGCUCUGAAAUCGGAGUAGAUAGCCAGAGCGAAUUUACCAGCUACGUCUAUUGACAGUUGUCACAGUGACAUCAUAAGCAUUCUAUUGAAAUUGAUACUUGCAUAGUGGAGUCUUUUGUUAAGACAUGUAGCUAGCUAGCUAAACAAUUAAACAUAAUCCCAACUCACAACCUUAUUACUCUGCAUGAAUCUGCAGGUAGCUAACCAAAACCAGGUUCAAUGUUAGCUAGAUAACAUUAGACUAUAACUAGCAAUACAAAUGGCUCUUAAUAUUACUACACAGAUCAUACACAUAACAUUAGCUAGCUAGCCAGCUGGUUAACGUUAGCUAGCUAGCUAGCUAACAGUACACUUUAACUUGAAAUGAAAAAUACUUUCUGACAAAAUUAGAAACAUGUAAUAUCUGAAAAUGUAGCUAGCUAGACUCUCUUACCCGUAUACGUGGAUGGACACUUCUCCCCUUCUGUUACAGAUGUCAUGGUUGUCCUUAGUUUGAAGAUGUAAUCCAGAGACCGGUGUUUAUAGAACAGCCUUCUGUGUAUUCUCUUUUCGACUACGUCUGCAUAUUUGCAAUCAAAUGCCAGAAUUUUCUCCAUCUCCUUAACUAUCAUACUCUAAUUCCACUGAUUUAAAAAAACUCGGUCCUCCAGAAAGUGGAGAGCAACACUUAUGCAGCUCCACUACACAAUACAUUUUAAAAAAAGCCGCGUUAGAAAGGAUUACCAACACAGACUAACCAGCUCAUAUUAUAGACAGAAGCGUGAUACGUGGCAGACCAAUCCGAACUCGUCUUUCGGCAUGUCCAGCCCACUCAUUAUCUCAGCCAAUCAUGGCUAGCGGGAAGGUUGCUGACUUUUUCCAUUGCUAAACCAACUAGGCUCGUAAUUUAACAAUUGCAUUCUUAUUUACAGAUGACAUACAAGUUUGUUAUUAAGGCACAUGAAAGUUCACAUGUUCCAAAGGCAUUUCUGCCCAAAAAGUUUACGUUCAAAUGGUGCUCCGGUGAAGUAGUGACACGCGACUUUCGCCUCGUUUCCUGAAACGAGUCACAUAUGCAAGUACCUUCAUAUUGACCUCAUAACAGACAUAUUUUUAUAUCUCUUGAUCUGUUUGACUCAAAGUGAUGGAAUUUGGCACACAUGCUCAAUGAUAUGAGUCUAGAUAACCUGUAAAGAAUGGUUGAGUUUGGCCACAUUGUGGUGCUGUAGGACAAGAAAAAACAUUCAUGCAGCCUCAUUGGCUCAUAGCAGCCAUAUUGUUUCAGCUAGUCUUGGAAAAUAGUGCAUUUGAAGAUGGCAAUGCAUAGAUGCUAUAUCCCUAAUUUGGUGCCGAUCGGUCCAGCUUUUGUGGAGAAGAAGAUGUUUAAAGUAGUCGACCUAAUUGAAAACUGUCCAAAAUACAUCGAAAGCACAAUUAUAUUGGAUGAUCAGUUUGGUUUUGAUUUGGCAAGCAUGAUGAACAGUACAGAAGUAGCUCGUCCUAGGGCGACGUGUCCAAGUUAUCCUAAUGGUAACACAGUGGACACACAGCUGAACCCCGACAACGCUGCUUCCAGCUUUAUUUAGCUUUUGUAGCUGCUGCACCAGACCUGGAUUCAAAUACUAUUUCAAAUCUUUUAAAUACUUUCAGCUUUUGCUUUAGCCUUUCUGGAGUGCCAAAUGGGUGGGGUUUUCAGUUUGGGGACUAUUCUAUUGGCCCAUGAAGCCAGGCAAGCUCAAUCAAGUACAGAUAAAGUAUUUUAAAUAAAGUAUUUUAAAUUUUAAAUUAAAUUUCUAAUAGUAUUGUAACCCAGGUAUUAACUGAUGAGAAGUGUAACUGCAGACGCCCGUAUAGAGCUGUACUCGCCUAGCUCUAAGUCUCCACUACAGAGACAGUGUUGAGAGGAAUGGAGGAAUGGUUAUGCUAGCCAGCAUAAUUGGCUGCUGUGUUAGCAGGUGGUGAUGAGACAGGAUAUGCAUUAUGUAAAUAGUCUGAAGAACUAGGUCAGGACAGAGAGGAGUGCUUCUGUACAUUCCACAUGGCACCCUAUUCCCUACAUAGUGCACUACCUUUGACCAGAGCCCUAUGGGAGCUGUUGUGCCAGCCAGCUCUUCCCCUGUGCUUCUGCUGUGUGUGUGUGUGUGAUGUUCGCUGUGUACCUGUUGGGGUAGUGUGGGGGCGAUCCCUAGCUUUACACACACUCACAUUCACACAAAUCCUCAUGUAUUUUUAGGUAAUCCAUCUUGCCUGGCAGGGCUUGGGUUUUACUGUCUGCUAAAUGAAACAUAUUUAUCUUCUAACCCUCUCACACCCCACACACAGCUGCACACACAGCUGCACACACACACACACACACACACACACACACACACACACACACACACACACACACACACACACACACCUGUGGCGUACCACUAUCUCCAAGCACCUGUGAUCAGAGAAUCUCUUCCUUCCGUUCCAUUGAUUGACUCUCCCAUUCUGACCCUUUGAGAAGGGGACAUUCUAAUCAAUUCACACUGAUGAUGUAACAAAGACAUUAACAAACUGUUUGAUUCUCAAAUUGAACAUUCAGAAGAAAUGUGAAAGGGGAAAUUGUCACACUGACUUCCUGAGGAGAUCUUUAGAUUCCUAGUGAUCAUGGAGACAUGGGUAACUCACAACAUGUCAUCUCCUGUGAAUAUCUCUCUCUUGGUUAUUGAGUGCACUUUAUACGGUAAAGACUUCAAACGUGUGUACUGUACCAUGACAAAAUGGCUUGAAUCAGAGGAAAGGAUUGGCGGUCCGACAUAGCAAAAUAAAGGAUCCCAAAUUAAAUCUACUGCAAUGGGCAUCUCCUGCAAUGGGAGCCUCCUGCAAUGGGAAUCAUAUGCAAUUGGAAACUCCUGUAAUGGGAAUCUCAAAAAUCUAUUCUUAGAGAUAUGAAGAGCUGUCUUUGAAGAGUGAAUCGAUUUUGGUUUCUCUUCUAAGACAUUUUGAUGCUGCUAACUUGUUGUAAACAGUGUUCGAUAAAGAGCAACAGAAGAAAUAAGAAAAAGCAAUCAUGGAUUUUGUGUUAUUCUGAGCGGGUCUCGGCUCUGAUUGUAGGUAGAGGGAGUGUAGACAGUUGUCCCCCGAUCCCCCUUAGAGUCUCUGUAGAACCCAUAGUGUUUACCAAAGGCCUUGUUUAUAAAGCCAUUUUAAGACACUGUCGAUGUUCCCUUGUCAUAGAGGAAUAUCUAUAUACUCUCUGUAGCCUUUUAUCACUUAUUUAAUGACGUCUAACUAUUAUGCCUGGUUGACUCCCUUUGUCUUUCCUUGUCUUGUACCAUUUACUACAUCCUCUCUCUCGUCUGUUCAGAGGACCAGGCUGAACGUGAAGGAUGUUGAAUGUCAUCCCACAGCUGUUCCAAUCACCUAUAGCUAGCUAACUAUGUGAUGGUCUACUGUACUCUACUGACUGUACAGUAUCAGCCAUUCAUUCAGUGUGUUUCACAGUAGCUGUUAGAGAAAGCUGUGCAGUACUUAGGGUGCUUUAAAGGUGCCCCUGCGUGUACAUUUGCAGUAGAACAGAGCUGCAUGAUCAUAGUUGUGAAGAAGCCUCAUGUUCUAAUCAAUGACAUAACAAAGGUAGUGUAGUUUUGUAAUUCCGGGAUGGAACACUGACGAUAACAAUCUAAAUUCUGACCCCUAACUUCAAAGGGUUAAUGAAGCCAAACAGAUGAACCCAAAUCUCUUUGUUCUCCAGUUGGAAGCCCUAUAAAGACAGCCCUCUCGUCAGCCUCUCUGUGGCUGGAUCACCUGUAUAUCGGUAUUAUAAUGUCUUUCUAUUGGAGGGGAGAUUUGGGCACAGUUUGGACUUCCUGGUUAUCUAAUGCCCCAUACAUCGAGUAAUGACUUUCCUUCCCGUCUGUGUGCAGAUUUGACCAUCAGUAUACCUGUGCUUCUCAUUUCACCUCGAGAUAUACAGAACCAGUGAACCUCUCAACUCCGCUGAGACGCCUCUCCUUGUCUCAGCUUCGUGCCUCUGCUUUCAGGCCCACUGUCUUACAGUACGCAUAGAAAUACAAUAAGUAGACAGGACAUGUGUCCUCUGAAUUCUGUAUGAAAUAUGUCUAUGUAUUCUAUUUCUAUGGUUGUACGGAAGCUGUUACCAUUCUCAGCCUUACUCCAGAAGUCUGUUCAGGAGGAUAAAUGUUACAGAACAUUCACAUAGAAAUAUGUAUGGUCUAGAACAGAUGUGAAUGCCUGUUUGUUUGUGUAUUCUAUUCAUUAGCUUUCGUUUCUAUAUGAGAUGUUCUGAACAUUUUACCUCACUGAAUAUAUCCCAGGCUGCUGUGCUGUGUUCUCAGGGCAUUUAGACCUAAAUCGAACACUGACAGAGCUGGUAUGUAGGCCUAAUCAAAACGCUGACCUAGCUGUUAUGUAGGCCUAAUCAAAACGCUGACCAAGCUGUUAUGUAGGCCUAAUCAAACGCUGACCAAGCUGUUAUGUAGAGCCUAAUCAAAUGCUGACAGAGCUGGUAUGUAGGCCUAAUCAAAACGCUGACCUAGCUGUUAUGUAGGCCUAAUCAAAACGCUGACCAAGCUGUUAUGUAGAGCCUAAUCAAACGCUGACGAGCUGUUAUGUAGGCCUAAUCAAACGCUGACGAGCUGUUAUGUAGGCCUAAUCAAACGCUGACCAAGCUGUUAUGUAGGCCUAAUCAAACGCUGACGAGCUGUUAUGUAGAGCCUAAUCAAACGCUGACGAGCUGUUAUGUAGGCCUAAUCAAACGCUGACGAGCUGUUAUGUAGAGCCUAAUCAAACGCUGACGAGCUGUUAUGUAGGCCUAAUCAAACGCUGACGAGCUGUUAUGUAGAGCCUAAUCAAACGCUGACGAGCUGUUAUGUAGAGCCUAAUCAAACGCUGACGAGCUGUUAUGUAGGCCUAAUCAAACGCUGACCAAGCUGGUAUGUAGGCCUAAUCAAACGCUGACGAGCUGUUAUGUAGGCCUAAUCAAACGCUGACGAGCUGUUAUGUAGAGCCUAAUCAAACGCUGACGAGCUGUUAUGUAGAGCCUAAUCAAACGCUGACGAGCUGUUAUGUAGGCCUAAUCAAACGCUGACGAGCUGUUAUGUAGGCCUAAUCAAACGCUGACGAGCUGUUAUGUAGGCCUAAUCAAAACGCUGACCUAGCUGUUAUGUAGGCCUAAUCAAAACGCUGACCAAGCUGGUAUGUAGGCCUAAUCAAACGCUGACGAGCUGUUAUGUAGAGCCUAAUCAAACGCUGACGAGCUGUUAUGUAGGCCUAAUCAAACGCUGACGAGCUGUUAUGUAGAGCCUAAUCAAACGCUGACGAGCUGUUAUGUAGGCCUAAUCAAACGCUGACGAGCUGUUAUGUAGGCCUAAUCAAACGCUGACCAAGCUGGUAUGUAGGCCUAAUCAAACGCUGACGAGCUGUUAUGUAGGCCUAAUCAAACGCUGACCAAGCUGUUAUGUAGGCCUAAUCAAACGCUGACGAGCUGUUAUGUAGGCCUAAUCAAACGCUGACGAGCUGGUAUGUAGGCCUAAUCAAACGCUGACGAGCUGUUAUGUAGGCCUAAUCAAACGCUGACGAGCUGUUAUGUAGAGCCUAAUCAAACGCUGACCUAGCUGUUAUGUAGGCCUAAUCAAACGCUGACCAAGCUGUUAUGUAGGCCUAAUCAAACGCUGACGAGCUGUUAUGUAGAGCCUAAUCAAACGCUGACGAGCUGUUAUGUAGAGCCUAAUCAAACGCUGACCAAGCUGUUAUGUAGAGCCUAAUCAAACGCUGACGAGCUGUUAUGUAGGCCUAAUCAAAACGCUGACCAAGCUGUUAUGUAGAGCCUAAUCAAAACGCUGACCUAGCUGGUAUGUAGGCCUAAUCAAAACGCUGACCUAGCUGUUAUGUAGAGCCUAAUCAAAACGCUGACCUAGCUGGUAUGUAGGCCUAAUCAAAACGCUGACCAAGCUGUUAUGUAGGCCUAAUCAAACGCUGACCUAGCUGUUAUGUAGGCCUAAUCAAACGCUGACGAGCUGUCAUGUAGAGCCUAAUCAAAACGCUGACCAAGCUGUUAUGUAGGCCUAAUCAAACGCUGACGAGCUGUUAUGUAGAGCCUAAUCAAAACGCUGACCAAGCUGUUAUGUAGGCCUAAUCAAACGCUGACGAGCUGUUAUGUAGGCCUAAUCAAACGCUGACGAGCUGUUAUGUAGAGCCUAAUCAAACGCUGACCAAGCUGUUAUGUAGAGCCUAAUCAAACGCUGAUGAGCUGUUAUGUAGGCCUAAUCAAACGCUGACCAAGCUGUUAUGUAGGCCUAAUCAAACGCUGACCAAGCUGUUAUGUAGGCCUAAUCAAAACGCUGACCGAGCUGUUAUGUAGAGCCUAAUCAAACGCUGACGAGCUGGUAUGUAGAGCCUAAUCAAAACGCUGACCAAGCUGUUAUGUAGGCCUAAUCAAAACGCUGACCAAGCUGUUAUGUAGGCCUAAUCAAAACGCUGACCAAGCUGUUAUGUAGGCCUAAUCAAACGCUGACGAGCUGGUAUGUAGUCUAAUCAAAACGCUGACCUAGCAGUUAUGUAGGCCUAAUCAAAACGCUGACCAAGCUGUUAUGUAGGCCUAAUCAAACGCUGACGAGCUGUUAUGUAGAGCCUAAUCAAACGCUGACGAGCUGUUAUGUAGAGCCUAAUCAAACGCUGACCAAGCUGUUAUGUAGGCCUAAUCAAAUGCUGACCUAGCUGGUAUGUAGGCCUAAUCAAAACGCUGACCAAGCUGUUAUGUAGGCCUAAUCAAACGCUGACGAGCUGUUAUGUAGAGCCUAAUCAAACGCUGACGAGCUGUUAUGUAGGCCUAAUCAAACGCUGACGAGCUGUUAUGUAGGCCUAAUCAAACGCUGACGAGCUGUUAUGUAGAGCCUAAUCAAACGCUGACGAGCUGGUAUAAUAUGUAUUGAGUGGCUGUUCAGAAAUGCACACAGAGUUCACACAGAGGGAUGCCUGUCUAUUGCCUGCUCUGUUUCUCUUUCUGCUUUACAGGCAGGUAAAGUGGGCAGGAACAUGUCUCUGGCAGUAUCUGUGAACCGGGGUCAAACUCUAUACAAGGUCAAAGGUCAUACCAGGUGCCUUUUUAUUGCACAGGCUUCUCCCCUUACAGACUGCUGUAAAUGUUUGUACAGAUAUAUUGUUCUUUUCCUUACAAUGUGCAUGUGACCAAAUACCAUGUAAAAUACCUUGACAUGUAAAUGCUGUAAUUACAUGUAUUAUUUAUGAUGGAUCAAUAAAUUGUUCCUUCAAUGAAAUAAAAAACGUCAACGGA